AUGACUGAGCCAUGGCCAAGCCGAGUGAGCUUUGCCCGACUGGCGCUGCGGCCUUGUUCACCCUUGCUGUCAGAUGCAGGCAGUUUGCAGCGGGUUCGCUCCCAGGGCGUUUUGGGGAGCAGAGCCAGCAGAGCUUUCUUCGCGGAGAAGCUGAGAACUCCAGCGGCCGGCGUUCAGUCAGAGAAUCAUCGUGCCCAAAGCCGUGCUGCUGAGCUUGAGCGCUUCUUUGGAUCAACCUGGUCGAAUCAAACAGAGGUUGACAUGCUCAAAUCAAAUAGCAGCCCCAGCUUUCCGGAGUUUGCAGACUUUGAGAGCGGCGGGCUGAAGGAGCAAUUUGACCAGGAAGUUGCGAGCAUGACCACCAAGCUUGAGAAUCUUGCAAAGCAUGCGCGCCUAGAGCACCUGUCGUGGGACCCAGGUGAAGAAAAGUCUAAAGGUGAAGAACGGCAACGUCAAGAAGCGAGACGAUUACGACAACGUGAGAGAAUGUCCCGAGAUCCACACAGAAAAUUAGCACAGAAAGUGGAAGAUCGACGACGGCUUGGCUGGGAGAACUGGAACUCUCAGUCAAUUCCAAUCCAGGAAAUACAAGUUGGGUGGUCUGGCACAAGGAAGGUGGGAGUGGUGGAUGUGAUGGGGCUCAAGGCCCGCAGCACACUGUCAGGAAACCUCACUAUAGAUGACUUGCUUCAGCGCCGGCGACGACAAGAGAAGCCUCGGCCGAACAGCGAGUACUACGAGCAGAGUGAAGCGGAGAGGUACCAUCGAGUGCCAAAGGCCGCCCGUAUCCAAGCUGAACUGACUUACUCUGCCGUGGCACUCGGUGGUCUUUUACCGCGAAGGCCCGGCAGCCUCGUCCUCGACUUGGGUGCGGGAGGUGGUCUGAGCACUUUGACAUUCCAGGCCUUGGCACACGGCAGUGGCUCACCGGUGCCAUACAUCCUGGCUUUUGAUAGCAGUGCGCACAUGCUGGCAACGACCACCGAAGAAUCUUCAUUGCUGGGAAUUCGACUUCCUGCAGUCAAAGACAGGGCAAUUUCACAAGUUGAUACUGAGUCGGUUUUACUUGAUGCUUCCGCUUCAGAGAAAGUGGAUCUCAGCUCUGGCCUUCCUUGGCUUUCAAGGCGAGACCGGGUCCUCGCUGACAUGUCGCAGCCGCUGCCCUUGCGCAGCGGGAUUGCUGACGCUAUUUUGUCGGUGAGCGCAGUUCAAUGGCUAGUUGAACCACGCCAGUCAGGCCAGGAAUCACAAGCAUCACAAGCCAAACUUCAGACACUAUUUUCGUCGCUGAGACAAGUCGCUGUUGAACAUGGAAAGCUGGCAAUGCAGUUCUAUCCGCCCAAGGGAGACCAUGACUUUGGUGCCAGAGCUUUGCGCAAUGCUGCUAGGAAGCAACUCUGGUCACAAGCAGACAUUGUAAUGGACUUCCCCCAUCAUCCAUCCUCAGUCGCCAAGAAAUGGUUCCUGAUUGCAGAUGCAAGAGAUGCCCCCAGUCCAAUCAGAAAGGCAGAAGGGUGGUGUGCUUUGUGCUGGCCAGUUGUAGUUGGCAGGUGUGCCCUACAAGGCACCUGUGCAGCUGUCCAGCAGGAUCGAGCAAAGCAGCAGCAUUUGGAGGUCGCCUCGCGCUUGGCUCGUUGUGGGCGACGCUUGCGCCCUCCUCUUGAUGAUCAACAGAUGAAAAUCCAGCAACACGUGCGGCAGCAGCUCCAUCCUUUGCAAAUUGAGCUGGCAAAGAGCCUGGACCAGGCUGUGCAAACAAAGAUUGAGGAUUCAGCAAGUGAAGUAGCUGAGCCCAACACGUCAAGCGAGACGCAGUGCGAGAUGCAGGGCUGCAAACGUCCGCGACAUGACGGUAGUGAAACCAAGACUGAGCUUCGGAGCAUUGUUUCCUCGUGCCUUCCUGAGUUGAUCGGAGUUUUGCAUACACCUCCCAGUGAAGAGUGGCUGCGACCCCCACCUCCAUUCGAUCCGCUGGGUGCUGGAAUUUCAGAGCUUUGA